AUGGCUUUGAAACCUCGUCGCAUGGUGACGCAGCACACUGGCAACGAGACGCAUGUGCAGUUUACCAACGGUUGUGCGUUCCAUCUACUGGUGCAUUGGGUGGCGACGGCCGCCAGCAUCAAUACCACGACGUGGCACCCGGAGCGUCCGUCAUUCAACAAACUGGGAGGGCCCCAUCAAGUGACCGUUCUCGGCAUCGACUUGACCGAACUGGUGCCAUGGACACUGCCCGACAAGCCGGAUCAAGAUGCAUCUGAUGUAGCUGAUGCUGCUGAUGCUGCUACUGAUAAUGAUGAUUUAUCUGCUGGGUUCAACGUUGUACAUGGAGGCAUCCAGCUCACGUUCGAUGGCACCCCGGAGGCACACUAUGACCAUGUGACGGUGUCGCCCAAUGGCGAGUACAUUGCGUGCUUGCUUGUGGUCGAACCAGCGUCGUCCAAAACGUGUAUUCCCGUGAGCACAUUGUUAUGCGACACACCGUACGAUGUGACGGGUCUGACAUGGCAUCCUUCGAGCGACUGGUUCAGUUUCCUCUACAAUCCCCGGGGCCACGGCUUCCUUCGCAUCGUCGCAGUCCAUGUGACAGGGGACACGCGCGUGCUGCUUGAGGACACAUCCCCAUCGACGUUUAUACUCCACACCAAGCACUACAUGCACUUCCUUCCAUGUAUCCAUGAGCUUCUCUGGAUGACCGAGCGCUCUGGGUACCUCCACUUGUACCUAUACAACGUCCCAGCCAGCUUCCAUGACAUGACUGAACUGGUCGGCCUCGCCCUCACAAGUGGACCGUAUGUCGUCCGCAAGGUAGUAGACGUGAACGAGACGUCUCGAACGGUCACGUUGGCAGUGAGCAUAAAGAGGAGCAGAUCGUGA